AUGUGCAGGCCCGCUGUUCAAGUCAACUAUCGGGAAAAGGCAGUAGACAUGGCGUCCUACACUUCACUUUUGGUCCUGUUGAGCACCGUCGUCUGCCAGGCGCUCGCCCUCGUUCCCUUCGAUACCUGGUCCCACGCCCGAAUCCAACUCCAAGAUACCUCCAUCUACUUUCGCUACUCGCCCUCCGGCAAACCUCCCCUUCUCCUCAUCCAUGGCUUCCCCCAGCACAGUCCAACCUGGGCAACCAUCGGUCCCAUCCUUGCCGAACAGUACACUGUAAUUGCUCCCGAUAACCGCGGAAGCGGCGAGUCCGCCCUCGCCAUCAGCGAUGACUACACUGCACCAGCCGCAGCAGAAGAUCACCUCGCCAUCUUGAACUUCCUGAAUAUAUCCAGUGCAUACGUCGUCGCCCAUGACAAAGGAGCUGGAGUCGCUACGGCGUUGGCCUUUGAACAUUCUAAAGUUGUGGAGAAGUUGGUAUUGAUCGAGUAUGCACUUCCAGGAGGUGGGUAUUACACGACCUGCGCGACCUCGAACCAGCUCUAUCGCGACUGGCAACUUGCUUUCUUCGCUGUUCCGGAUGCCGCUGCGUACUUCAUCCAGGGUCGGGAGAAGGAGAUGUUGACGUGGUACCUUUACCAUGGGUCGUACAGUGGUAAUGCCGCGAUUAGCAACGAUCUGCUUGAGACUUAUACCAGAGCGAUUUCGAAGCCCGGAUUCUUGAGGGCUGGGUUGCAGUACUUUGGUGCGGCGUUCUGGGAGGUAGGGUAUUGGGCGAGGACGGUGGAGGCCAAAGGGAAGUUGCAGAUGCCGACGCUGGCGAUGGGUGGGGAGGCGAGUUUUGGGGCUGUGAUAAGGGAGGCGUGGGAAGGUCCGUAUGUGGAGGGGUUGGAGACUGAUGUGAUCCCCAAGGCUGGGCAUUGGAUGGGCGAGGAGAACCCGGUCUGGACUGCGAACAGGGUGUUGUGGUUUCUUGGCAAUGCGUCCACUGUUCCAAGCGUGGACUUGUCGUGGCUGGAAGAUACGAUCACCAUAUUCGGCAACUUCGAGGGAGCCACGCUGACUCCUGGCACCAAUGGUACAGUGUGA